AUGUCGAACCCACAGCCGCAACCAGCAACGUUUGUGAACCCAGCUUUGGAAGAGUAUCACUUCGUUAUUCCCGAGCAACCCGACAAUGGUCCGGAACAAACAGGCGUUCCAUCUACUGCCACUGAUUCGUCUGUUUCUAAAAAACCAAUCAGAACCAAGCAGACUGCCAAGAAGAGCACUGGCGGCAAAGCACCACGCAAAGGUCGCGCCAAAAAGGAUUCUAGGAGGUCCACCGUACACGACGGCGGAGUCAAAAAGCCCCACCGCUUCCGCCCCGGCACCGUGGCCCUCCGCGAGAUCCGCAGGUACCAGAAGAGUACGGAGCUCCUUAUCAGGAAGAUCCCUUUCCAGCGGCUCGUCAGGGAGGUAACGCAAGACCUGGGAUUCCGGGGCAUCCGAUAUAAAGCAGAUGCCAUCAUGGCGUUGCAGGAGGCUUCGGAGGCCUACCUGGUUGGACUCUUUGAAGACACCAACCUCUGUGCCAUCCAUGCCAAGCGUGUCACGAUCAUGCCCAAGGACAUCCAGCUGGCCCGGAGGAUCCGUGGGGAGCGUACUUAG